UUGGCCUCACUCACGUAAACAGAUUUUUUCUCACAAAGCUGAAUAUUUUGAUUAUAAUAAAACCUACUUUAAACUUUGUGCAUAAUGGAGAUGGUUGACCCAGACGCUCAUUUGGUGGCCCUAAAGGUUAUGCGCUUGAUGCGGCCCACUUUGGUCGGACACGGCCCCGUGGUUACUUGUGAACCUACGGAUUUGGUCCAAAAAUUUAGUAAUUCGCAGGAAAGCGACGGAAUUUCCGGUGCCUGUGCGGAAACUCUGGCGGCAGGACAAGUCCUGCUGCUACCACAAUCCUUUGGUAGUAUUUAUUUGGGCGAAACUUUUGCCAGCUACAUCUGCGUCCACAACACCACUGCAAAUCCUGUGGAAUGUGUAACCGUAAAAGCCGACCUACAGUCGAAUACGACGCGCAUUAACUUGUCCAUGAAUGAGAACGCAAAAUCUCCUGUCGUUUUGGCACCCGGUGGAACCAUCGACGAUGUUAUCCGUUACGAGGUCAAGGAGAUUGGGACCCACAUUCUCGUCUGCGAAGUGAAUUAUUCGACGCCAGCGGGUUAUGCACAGUCCUUGAGAAAGUUUUUUAAGUUCCAAGUUUUAAAGCCCCUCGACGUGAAAACAAAGUUUUAUAAUGCGGAAAUCGAUGAAAUUUACUUGGAGGCCCAAAUUCAAAACGUCACUACCAGCCCCUUCUGCUUGGAAAAAGUAGAAUUGGAUGGUUCCGAGGACUACUCUGUAACUCCUUUGAAUACUUUGCCCAAUGGAGAGUCGGUUUUUACAGUAAAACACAUGUUGCAACCCAAUAAUAGCUGUCAGUUUCUUUAUUGCAUUAAGCCCAAAGGAGAUAUUGCCAAAGACAUAAAUACUCUGCGGCAAUUUAAUAAUGUGGGUAAACUGGAUAUUGUCUGGCGAUCAAAUCUGGGCGAGAAGGGUCGACUUCAAACCAGCCAACUUCAGCGAUUGCCAUUUGAAUGCAAAACACUCCGUUUGGAAGUACUGGAUGCGCAAAACACAAUUAAAAUUGGCACUGUCUUUACGUUCAACUGUAGAGUGACGAAUACAUCCGAGCAAGCGAUGAAAUUGAACGUUCGUCUGGUUUCAACAUUUUCACCGGAUAGUCAAUACACGGGUUGCGCCGAUUUUAUGCUGGGUCUUCUUCGGAGUGGCGAGUCUGCCGAGUUUCCUCUUUCCGUUUGUCCAUCAAAAUUGGGUCUCGUUAAAGUAUCACCACUGAUAUUGACCAACACACUUCAAAAUGAACAGUUCACUAUUGAAAAUGUUGUUGAUGUAUUUGUCGUAAAUUCGGAUUACAACAACGACCCCACAACGCACCAAAAUAAGCUUAUUCGUUACGAAAGCGCUGCAAACUGCCUCACUCAGAAGCAGGUUCAACUACAGGUUGUAUAGAAUAAGCUGUUAAUAAAUAUAAAAAUUUUAAAACAA